AAAUUUGCUCACCAUGGGGUUAAUGGUGGUGAUACCACCAGCCAAUCAAAAUCUGCCAUGUAUGUUACCUCAUAACCAUAGGUUAACUAUGGUUAACCUUUAAUAAUAUAAAACUAAUUUCCAGAUUAUUCAUUAAAUAAUCACACACUAAACCUUUUUGUCUUCUACUUGCUCUGACUUUUCUUUUUCUGCUACCAAUGUCUUCUACGGUUCUACCAUCAUCUUCUUUAUUUCUUUUUUCUCCAGUCCACUCUCCUCUCACAGACGUUAAGUUCUUCAUCUUUUUUUUUUUUUUUUUUUUUGGCUGAUUGGUUCUUCAUCUUCUGCAUAACCUAGAAUUGAAAACGGUAAGCUACUAUGCUCUCCACCUAUAUUUUGUUUUAUUUGUACUUGUCUUUACACUGUAGCACUUUCUUUCUCUCAACCUUUCUAUCCGCCUGAACCUGUUUUAUCCAGAAAAAUUGAUAAUCAUUUAUUCAAAAAAAGAAAAGAAAAAGUGAUGAUCAUUUGAUUGUUUUUGGAAAUAAACGUAAUCCAUAAACGUAUUGACAUAAUUGUUUUAGUUAGAUUGACAGAGUGCAUAGUAAUUGGGACACAAGCCUACACCACCAAAUUCAUGGAAAAUAAAGACGAUGAAUCUUGUUAUCAGCAUUGUAGUAACACUGAGAAUGAGCAAAGAGGAUGUGAAGAUGAUGCAAUUGAUGGUGAGACUAAUGAGGAACCUGAAUAUGAUACUCAAGAGGCCAGUAGCGAUACUCAAGUGCCCAGUGAUGAUGAACACGUGGAUUCUGGUUUAGAAGGUUUAUGUAUCUUGGAUGGUAAGAAGCAAGCAGGAGGUGAGAAUAUCCCAGUUCUUGGUAUGAGUUUUGAAAGUGAUCAAGAUGCAUAUGACUAUUAUAAUUCAUAUGCUAGAGUUGUUGGGUUUAGCGUGCGAAGGCUGAGAAGCAACAAAUAUAAGCAUACUAAUGUGACAUGGAAAAGAGAAUUUUGUUGCUCUUGUGAAGGAUUCUAUACAAAAAAGAACACUCCAGAGAAGAAAAGAGAAGAAAGAAGAUUCGGAUGUAAGGCAAUGCUUCAGAUCAAACUAAAUGAAGAUGGGAAAUUUGUUGUCACAAAGUUUGAAGCUGAGCAUACCCAUGAUCUUGUUCCUGAAUCAAGUUCACAUGUCUUAAGGUCACAAAGAACCAUAGAACCUUCUCAAGGUGGUUUGAUGAAUCAAAUGCACUUUGCAGGGUUCAAACCAUCACAGAUCUUUUCAUACCUGACCGUCGAAGCAGGAGGACCGGAAAAUCUAAAUUUCCUUCAGACCGAUUGCAAUAACUUCAUUCAAAGAAGGCGGGCAAAGUUUUUGAAAAAAGGUGAUGCUCAAUGUUUGCUUGAUUACUUUAAGAAGAAGCAAAUGGAGGAUAAGUCAUUUUUUUAUGCAAUUCGAACAAACAUUGACAAUGAAAUAUGUGGUUGUUUUUUUUGUGAUGGAAAAUCAAGGAGUGAUUAUGCUAUAUUUGGUGAUGCGGUUGUCUUUGAUACAACCUUCAAAACCAACAAGUACGACAUGGUUUGUGCUCCAAUUGUUGGAGUUAAUCAUCAUGGUCAAACAAUUCUAUUUGGCUGUGGGUUAUUAGAUGGGGAGACCACAGAUGCAUGCAAAUGGUUCUUUGAUGUUUUCCUACAAGCUAUGGGAGGAAAAAAACCAAAGACAAUAUUUACAGAUCAAGCUGCAUCGAUUGCUAGUGCAAUUAGGGAAGUACUACCUAAUUCUCACCAUCGUCUUUGUUUGUGGCACAUAUAUCAAAAUGCUGCAAAACACUUGAGUCAAGUCUUUACGAAGUUCUCCACAUUUUCACAAGCUUUCAAAAGUUGCAUAUAUGAUCCAGAGAGUGUUGAAGAGUUUGAAUCAAGUUGGAAAGAUCUACUUGAUUAUUAUGAUUUGAAAGAAAAUGAGUGGCUAAAAGACUUGUAUAACUUGCGUGAGAAGUGGGCACAAAUUUAUGGCCGAUGCAACUUUUGUGCAGGUAUGACAACAACUCAGAGAAGUGAAAGUAUAAACAAGACUUUGAAAAAGUUCUUUUAUAAGAACCUUAUUCUUUGUGAGUGGGUGGUACACUAUGAGCGUGCUUUAGUUGAUCGAAGAGAAAAGGAGAGGCUCGCGGAAGUUGCAACUACGCAAAGAAAGCGAAAACUUCUGUCUAAUUGGAAAGUGGAGGUUGAAGCAACAAAGAUGUACACAAAAGCGAGUUUCAAUUGUUUUCAAGAAGAGUUUCGAAAAUGUUUGGACUUGGUACUGGAAUUAGAGAGUGAUGACGGGAGAAUAGAAACAUAUGUGGUUCAAAGACCAGGGAAUCCAAACUUGAGAAGGUCAGUCAUCUAUUCCCCUUCAAAUCAGUCAGUUAAUUGUAGUUGUAAGAGAUUUCAGUUUGAAGGGAUUCUUUGUGCACAUGCAUUAAAAUUAUUCCGUGAGUUAGGCUUGUCAACAUUACCAUCCAAGUACUACUUAAAAAGAUGGAGACGAGAUGCUAGACAAGGAGUUGAUCUUGAAUGUUAUGGGGAAGCAAAUUUUAGUGAUCGGAGCGCAUCUUCUGCACUCCAAUAUAGUCACUUGUCUCAUAUAGCACAAAGAAUUGUAGCAAAAGGUGCAAAGGAUAAGCAAUCAUCCACCUUGGUGGAGUCUAAAUUGCUGGAGUUGGAGGCAGAAUUGGAUGGCAAUUUAUCCAUUGGACAAGAACAUGAAACAAAUGGUGAUAUAGAUUCAGACGAUCAAGUGAAUGAAAAUAAUGCAAAUCUGGUUUUGCGUGAUCCAAAAGUUAAGAGGCGUAGAAGGAGUGGCAAAGGUAAGAGAAAUAAUGAUUUGGGAUCUAAGAAGCAAUCAAAAACGAGAUCUUCAUCAGUGCGGCAAGAACAAGAGGAUGGUCCAGUACCCCUUAAAGAACAAAAUGUCUCUGUAUCAAAGAAAAGGAAAGCUCCAUCUAAAAGAAAAGAUUCUCAGGAACCCAGCUCAUAUGAACAUGAGAAGACUGGCCCUUCAAAAUCAUAUGAACAUGUUCAGGGAUCAAUUAGAUUGGUUAAUCAAAAUCAAUCAAAUAUGCCCUUCAUACAUCCUGGAUUUCCAACAACUUUUGGUGCUCAAGGCAUUCCCUCGCAUUAUCCUUAUGGAUUUCCACCAACAACUUCUAGUGUACAAGCAAUGCCUAAUCAAUCACAUGACAUUCCCUCGAAUUAUCCUUAUGGAUUUCCACCAACAACUUCUAUUGUUCAUGCAAUUCCAAGUCAAUCACUUGGUUACCAACCUAUUCGUCCAAUGUUUGAUUAUUCACUUAUGUAUUCACAGGCUAUCAUCCAACCAAGACCUCAAGGACCAGCUCACCAACUGAAUUUUCCAGAUCCAUCGACAUCUUAAGCACCAAUAUUGCAGCUAGCUAGAAUUGAAAAGAAAAGAAGUUUUGAAGCCAUUUUAUGAGUAGCUGGUCUGUUUUUUUUAUUUGUAGUCUGUCUAUUGCUUCUAUCAAACUAUUAAAGUGAUAGAGGAAUUUAUGUAGAAGUGAAUGUACAUUCAACUUGGAUGUUUUCUUAAUUUCAUUUAUCAAGCUACCUAUUUCAUUUUGAUCUGGCAAGUUAUCAUUUUUGAUGAAUAAUAAUUGAAAAGAACAAAUGUUGUUUUUAUGUUA